GCAAAGUCAACCUGUCCAGUGAUUACGGGUGAACAGUACUGUUAUGAAGAAGAGGUGAAGUUAGAGAUGAAGGAGGAGUGGAUGGUUAAUCAUGGAGGGUUUGUCAUUAAGGACAUUCACGGCAAGGAGCUAUUUCAGGUCAAAAACCACCUUCUCAGCCACGAGAUACUGGACAUGGAGGGUAAUAAAGUAGCAGAACUGGUGAAGAAGAAGAUGGCUAUGAGGGUUACCUACCACAUCUACACGGGAGAGGAAAUGUCCGAGAGAAGAGCCACUAUGAACCUGAGAGCCAUGACUUUCAAGAAGAAAGCUCAUGUCUACCUGUUAGAGGCACCCUACCCCACUAGGGACGACUCUACAGAGUUACCAGACAACCCAGCGCUGAAAAUACAGGCUGAGAACUGGGGUAGCUGGAUAAAGGAGACGAAGAUAUUUAACGCAGAGACUGAAGAGGUAUACGCGGAGCUGAGUAAAUCAGCUGCGGAGGAAGAACUGGAAGGUUGUGGUAAAGCUUACAUCAUGACUGUUAAACCAGGGGUGGAUGUGGUGUUCAUGUGUUUGUGCGCUGUUUACUUUAAUGUGGCGAUCAAGCAGGAGGCGGCUGGAGGUGCUUCUUAAAAAUAGUGACUUUUAUCUGUAGUUUAAAUAAGUAAUUAUGGGCAAAUCUGUAAAUGUGCGUGUUAUAUUGUGUUUAAAUACGGGAUGUGUGUAGACAUAUUUUAUUGUAUGAUCAGAUGAACUUUAUUAUUGUAUGUUAUUCUAAUUCAUUAAAAAAGUAGUUAUCAUUUUUGUUGAACCACGGACUAAAACUAUUACAAUAUUAUGUAGAUCAAUUUUCA